UGCAGAACAUAUAUCAUUCAGUCUCCGUACUUCCACCAGUGAAAAUACCAUAACAUAAAAUAACCAGUGAAAAUAACUAUAAUAAAUAACUCCACCGCAAUGGGAAAUAUUUCCUCCAAUAUUAGGGCCAUAGAGGACGAAUCCUAUGAACUGUCCUCGGAAAUCUGGGCCGUCGACAUGGAGAUCACUGACAGCGAGACCGACGACGUGCCCGUCAGCAGGAGCGUUAGCGUCAGCGCGAACGUCAGCGGGAACGUCAGCGGGAACGUCAGCGGGAAAGUCAGCGGGAACGCUAGAGGAGCCUUCAGCGGGACCCUCAGCCAGACCGUCAGCGCUACCGUCAGCGGGACCGUCAGCGCGACCGUCAUUGGAUUGGUCAUCAACGAGUUCGUUCCAAUGCCAUUCAGUGGGACUCUCAGCGGGAUCCUCAGCGGAACCCUCAGCGGGACCGUCGAAGGGACCAUCAGCCGGACCGUCGACGGGGCCGUCAGCACGACCGGCAGCGGAACCAUCGAAGGGACCGUCAGCGGAACCGUCAAGGGGACCGUCCGUGGGGCUAUCAACGGGACCAUCAGCGGAACCAUCAGUGGGACCGCCAGCGGUACCGUCAGAAGGACCGCUGACGGAAAGCUCAUUUUUGAGACAGGUGCAAGGUUGAACAAUCGAAAAUUCAUUAUCCACGAAAUCUGUGGAAUGAAUUGUGAAAUAACUCUUUGAAAUUACAAAGUUUUUGAGAUACAUAACACGCUCUGUGAACAACCAUGACUAUGAGGUACCCGUUACUCAGCUAGUCGGAUUGCGAAUAAAAUGAGAAAAAAUU